AUGCCGAAAGCAGAAAUCGGCAGCACGAAACACCUCGCGAACAAAAUGAAAGCCAAAGGCCUACAACGCCUGCGCUGGUACUGCCAAGUCUGCGGCAAACAAUGCCGCGACGAGAACGGCUUCAAGCAACACACCAUGUCCGAAGGGCACGUGCGGCAAAUGCAGCUCGUAGGCGAGGACCCCAAAAAAUACAUCAACGAAUUCUCGCGACAAUUCCAGCGGGAUUUCCUGCAAUUGCUGAAGACGGCGCACGGCGAGAAGAAAGUCAAUAUGAAUAACUUCUAUCAGGAGUAUAUCAAGGAUAAGGAGCAUGUGCAUAUGAAUGCGACGAAAUGGCCGAGUCUGACGGAGUUUGCCAAGUUUCUGGGGCGCGAGGGGAUUUGUCGGGUCGAUGAGGGGGAGCGGGGGUUGGAGGUUCAGUGGAUUGAUGAUAGUGCGGAGGCGAUUCGGAGGAGGGAGGAUAUCAAGAAGAAGGAUCGGCUGGUUAAGGGGGAUGAGGAUGUGGAGAGUCGGCUGUUGGCGCAGCAGGUCAAGAGAGCGAGGGAGGAAGCGGAGAGGAUGGGAAGGACGGAACCACCGCCGACGUUGGCUGAGAAUGAGGGAGAGGCUGAGGUCGAGAGGAAGCCUCUGGAACCCGUCAAGCUAUCAGGCUUCAGUCUGAAAUCCAAGGGCCCCGUGAAGCCCGUGGAGGAAAAGAGCCAAGACGAGAGCGCACCCAUCGCAAUCGAAACUUUCUCCUCCACGGACAACCCAGCAGAGCAGCCACAGCCAGCAAAACCGUCCCCCCCAAAGGACAACGAUGAAGAAGACAACGAAGAAGUCCCGAAGCCCGAAGCACCACCCAAGAUCUCCCUAGGCGGCCUCAAGAAGAAACCAGGCAACCCCCUCGCGAAGAAGAACCCCUUCGCGAAACCCAAGCCGACAGCAGUCGCAGAGCCGGAGAAGAAGAUGAGUAAUGCGGAGCGUAUCAUGAAGGAGGAAUUGGAACGGAAGCGCUUGAUGGAUCAGCGUGGACACGGGAAUAAACGCCAGCGAUUGGCUUGA